CUCCAUCCCCCCCUCUCUCUCUCUCUGUAAGAUGAAAGAGUACCCAUACGGUGACAGACAGAGAGAAAGCUUUGAAAAUGGCAAUGGCUUGGAGGCUUCCUACCCUGCUGGCAACACCAGGAAAGCUCCAUCACCAUGACUCCGAAAAGCUAUCGUUCCAAGCCUCGCUGUCAUGAUGCCGGACUUUAGCUCCAGUCCAUCUCCUUCCUUCGUCAUCUUCUUCCACCUCUACCGCCACUCAUUCGUCUCCUCCCUUCAACAGGAAAGCUUUCAUUUUUCCAUUUUUAUUCACAAAUCGCAAAAAAAAUCCCAUAUUUUUGUUUACAAACUUGAAAGGAACCCAUAUUUGUUUUCAAAUUUGAAAAGAACUGAAUUUUCACUUUUUGAUUUGUGUGUGCAGGGACCAAUACGUGGCGUUUCAUGAAAUGUACGGCCAGGGCGGGAGCUGGGGCUGUGAAUCUUGCUCGGAGGACACCCGUCAGACCCUCCAGCAUACUGGUGGUCGGCGCCACCGAGACUUUGGGGAGGCAGAUUGUGAGGAGAGCACUUGAUGAGGGACAUGAUGUUAGGUGCUUGGUUAGGCCGAGACCACUCCUGCCGAUUUUCUAAGAGAUUGGCGUGCUACUGUUGUCAAUGUAGAUUGGGAAGGAAAAGUUGCUCUUAUACAAUGAAGUUAUUUGAUUUGUUUUCUGUUCCAUCCACAACUGUGACAAGCAUCCCGAAGUUCCACUUAUGGAGAUCAAGUAUUGCACUAAAAAGUUUCCCCAGGAUUCAAACAUAAAUCACGUCAUAAUUCAUUUAUUUGGAUUCAUGCAAGUAGGUUUCACUUAAACUUCCUCUCUUACUAUCUUGUUACUGGCAUAUCCAGAUUUUUGCUUCACUGUCAGCUUGAUGUUUCAAAUUAAUUUCCGUAUCUUCUUAUUAUUCUUAUUCUCAUAUAGCACUCCUCCAACCCCCAUUCACUUUUUUUUUAUCAGAAACAACAAUUAAACCAGAUAGAGUUAUAAGAAGUUGCACGUAUAAAAAUCAUUCAAAACACAGGCAUGCAUCUAAGCACACUCACCCUGAAGAGGGAAUUAUUGGACAGUAUGCAGUAUUGCAGUGCCUAUAUUAGAAGAGAAAUCAGUAUAGGGAACAGAUGCCCCCACAAGAAUUGCAUACAUGAUGUAGCUCCUCUGACCUUUAUAGGUUCAAGAAAUGAGAAAGUCAGUGGGAAGCUUGUCACAUUUGCUGGCCCUCGCGCUUGGACAACCCAAGAGGUAAUAACAUUGUGUGAAAGGUUUGCGGGGCAAGAGGCAAAUAUAACAAGAGUCCCAGUUUCUGUCUUGAGAGUGACCCGUCAGCUAACAAGGCUUUUUGAGUGCACAAAUGAUGUUGCUGAUAGAUUGGCAUUUUUAGAGAAGCAGUUGCCACUCGCAUGAUUCUAAGCUGUGAAUCAACCAUUAUGCUGCUCC